CAAUAAGUAAAACAAAUACAAGUCACGUUGUCUCUCAUUCGAGCACCGAAGUUUGGAAGGCUCGAGGCGUAGGACAAGUUCCAUUUCCUUUCUUUUUUUAACCGUGAUGCUGUCAAUAACAAGAACUUGAAUGCAAACUAGAUAGUGUUUUAGAUUUGUCUAUAUCUGGUUUUCAAAGCAAGAAUUUUAAAAAGUGCAACUGAGGAACAGCCAUCAUACUCCUAAAAGGAUAACAGAUUGCUUCCAAUUUUAUGACGAUCAUGGGAAACGGAAUUCACUUUCACCGAAAGACCAUAGUUAUAUUAUCUGCAUUAGCUAUUCUUGUGGUGCUGUGGAUGGCUUUUGGAAGCUCUAACAAGCGAGUUGUCGUACGGAGCAAAGGUCUCGUGGCAAAUGGACGCCACUUUACUAUGGAUGGCAAACCAUUCACGAUACUUAGCGGGGCAAUGCACUAUUUUCGGAUCCCCCCUCAGUACUGGGAAGACAGAAUCGUGAAGCUAAAAGCAAUGGGUCUUAAUACUGUGGAAACAUAUGUAUCCUGGAACUUACAUGAGGAAAUACAGGGAGACUUUAAUUUUAAAGAUGGCUUGGAUAUUGUAGAAUUUAUCAAGACUGCACAGAAACAUGAUCUUUAUGUGAUAAUGCGUCCAGGACCUUACAUUUGUGCAGAGUGGGACUUAGGAGGUUUGCCGAGCUGGCUACUUCAUAAUCCUAACAUCUACCUCAGAUCCCUAGACCCUAUUUUUAUGAAGGCAACCUUGAGGUUCUUUGAUGAGUUGAUACCAAGACUAAUUGAUUACCAGUAUUCUAAUGGAGGGCCAAUAAUUGCCUGGCAAAUUGAAAAUGAGUACCUCAGCUAUGAUAACAGCUCAGCCUACAUGAGAAAACUCCAGCAGGAAAUGGUUAUCAGAGGUGUUAAGGAAUUGCUGUUCACAUCUGAUGGAAUUUGGCAAAUGCAGAUAGAGAAGAAGUACUCUUUGCCUGGAGUCUUGAAAACAGUGAAUUUUCAAAGGAAUGAAACAAAUAUCCUAAAAGGACUCAGGAAAUUGCAGCCAAACAUGCCACUUAUGGUAACAGAGUUCUGGUCUGGCUGGUUUGAUCAUUGGGGUGAAGACAAACAUGUUCUUACCGUAGAAAAAGCAGCCGAAAGAACCAAAAACAUCCUGAAAAUGGAAUCAUCCAUAAACUACUAUAUGUUGCAUGGAGGUACAAACUUUGGUUUCAUGAAUGGUGCUAAUGCUGAGAAUGGCAAGUACAAGCCAACAAUUACCUCAUAUGAUUAUGAUGCCCCUAUAUCUGAGUCAGGAGACAUCACGCCAAAAUAUAGGGAAUUAAGGGAAAAACUACUGAAAUAUGCACCCAAGAAUUCACUUUCAAAGCAGAUGCCUGAAAUCCCACAUAAUUCAGAGAAGACCAUAUAUGAACCAGUAGAAAUGCAACACUUUUUGAAGUUGGAUUCAUUGCUCGCAAUGAUUAGCCCAAUUGAAAGCAGACACCCUGUUGCCAUGGAGUUCUUGCCAAUCAAUAAGAAUGGUGGUCAAGGCUAUGGAUUCACACUGUAUGAAGCGCGAUUACCGUCCACUGCCAAAAGUAUCAAGAUUGAGAGCUACAGGGACCGAGCUCAAGUAUUUUAUAACUCAAUUCCAUUGGAAAUUCCUGAGCCGAUGAACAUCGAAAAGAAGUACUUAGACGAAAACAAAACGAAAAAUGUCGUCAUUGAUCUGUCUGGAGUAAAGAAACAAGAUUCUAAUAAGCUACAGAUUUUGGUGGAGAACAUGGGCAGGGUAAACUUUAAACAAGAAAUCAACAAUCAACGAAAAGGGAUUCUUGGCGAUGUUUUUGUCGAUGGCGAUAGACACAUGUCUUGGAAAAUUUAUCCUCUUGAAUUCAAACAAGAUUUUAUGGAAAGUCUAAAUAAAGCUGAAUGGAGCGUAAGAUCAGAGAGACGUCGUCGUGGUCCCGGCAUGCAUCGGGGAAGCUUUAGCAUCGAUGACUCCCCAAAGGAUACGUUCGUGUUGAUGAGCGGAUGGACUAAGGGCGUUUGCUUCGUGAAUGGUCGGAAUCUUGGCCGAUACUGGAAUAUUGGACCACAGUAUACUCUGUAUUUACCCUCUCCUUGGCUCAAGCAGGGAGAAAACACGAUCGUCUUGUUUGAGCAGGAGGGCCCAACAGGAGACGCUGAAGUUAGAUUUGUCACCGAGCCCCAACUAGGCUCAAAGUUGACCGAGAGGAACUAGGCACAAAAAAUGCCAUGACAGCGGUACAAUUAAUUCAGGUAUGCGCAAGGCAAGAAAGACAUCGAAAGUCAGAUCAAUGUCAGCGGUAAAACAAUGCAAUGGUAUGCACAGACAUGGUGACACUUGGAUUGUGAAGACCCUCGAAGCGAGGUUGGGAAGCGAGCUAUGAUGAAAUAUACAUUGCGCGAACAUGACACUAAAUUGUUACAUUCUGGAGAAGCUUACCAGGGGGAUUUUGAAGUUGGGCGCACUCGGACACUACCCAUCUGUUCCCAGCAGAUUAGAUAGCAAGGUAGCAGAAUUACCCUCAAUUUUUAAUAUGAAGAAUUUUAAAAAAAUGGAAAAUAUUUUUAUGCAUUUUCGAUUUAAUUUAAGUGAUCUUUAUACCAAAAAAAAUUGACAAAAGACAAACAAGAAUUUUAUGUAUCAUACAAAAUCAUGCAAGUAUUAAAUGAAAUUAAAAAUUUUACAUUUGGAUGCGUUUAUUUUAAAAUUCAGGUUUCGAUGAAUAACUGUCAUGCGUCUUUCACUGUUCAAUAAUAAAAGAGUAAUGUUUGAUGCUAAAA